AGCUGCCAGUGCCGCUGUCAUGGCGUCGGAGGAGCUGGCUGAGGAGAACCCUCCGCGGUUUCUUUAGAGCAAGGGGCGGGCGGCCGGGCAUGGAGAGCGGCCCCGAGAGCCUGCAGCCGCUGGAACACGGGGCGGCGGCCGGGCCCGCGCCGGGCACGGAUUCUCCGCGGCUGGGAAGCCGGCUCGCGGCUGGGGAUGGUCCUGGAGUAUGGGCGGCGGAGAGCAGCGGUGGGAAUGGGCAGGGGGCGGCGGCCGCCGGGAGGAGCCUCCCGGGCGCGGCUUCUGCCGCGGGCUCUCCUCAGGUUCCCGAACCCUGCAGAAGCCUCCCGGGUUUGGACUUGAAGGAGAGCGAUUUGGAGAGUGCCGCUGCCCACAAGGCGCCCCUGGGAGGGCAGCGCAAGGUGACCGCCGCUCUGGACACAGCCGAGGCCGGAGCGGGCCACGGGUUGGGUCCGCCCGGAGACUCGGGCGCCCGCCCGGAUCGUGCAGGCACCUGCCGGGGCGCAUCGGCGGCCGCCGGCUCCGGGGAGCCCAGCAGCGCCGGCGGCCUCAGCAGCAGCUGCAGCGACCCGAGCCCGCCUGGGGAAUCGCCGAGCCUGGACUCCCUGGAGUCGUUCUCUAACCUGCAUUCUUUCCCCAGUAGCUCCGAGUUCAAUAGUGAGGAGGGAGCAGAUAAUAGGGUCCCCGAGGAGGAGGAGGAGGAGGGCGCGGCGGGGUUGCCCCGGGCUGUGCCACUCUGCCGCGAGGAGGAGGCAGGGGAGGAGGAGCAGGCAGCGCUGGUGCUGGCGGCCUCCAAGGAACGCUUCCCGGGACAGUCUGUCUAUCACAUCAAGUGGAUCCAGUGGAAGGAAGAGAACACACCCAUCAUCACGCAGAAUGAGAACGGACCCUGCCCUUUGCUGGCCAUCCUCAAUGUUUUGCUUCUGGCCUGGAAGGUGAAACUUCCACCGAUGAUGGAAAUCAUAACUGCUGAACAACUGAUGGAAUAUUUAGGAGAUUACAUGCUUGAAGCAAAGCCAAAAGAAAUUUCAGAAAUUCAACGUCUAAACUAUGAGCAGAAUAUGAGUGAUGCUAUGGCAAUUUUGCACAAACUACAGACAGGCUUGGAUGUAAAUGUAAAAUUCACUGGUGUUCGAGUGUUUGAAUAUACACCGGAAUGCAUAGUAUUUGAUCUCCUUGAUAUUCCUUUGUACCAUGGGUGGUUAGUGGACCCUCAGAUUGAUGACAUUGUAAAAGCUGUUGGUAACUGCAGCUACAACCAACUAGUGGAGAAGAUCAUCUCUUGUAAGCAGUCAGACAAUAGUGAGCUGGUUAGCGAAGGCUUUGUAGCUGAGCAGUUUCUAAAUAACACAGCCACUCAACUGACAUACCAUGGAUUAUGUGAACUAACUUCAACAGUUCAGGAAGGAGAACUUUGUGUGUUCUUUCGGAAUAAUCAUUUUAGCACCAUGACCAAGUACAAGGGUCUAUUGUAUUUAUUAGUAACAGACCAGGGGUUUCUUACUGAAGAAAAAGUUGUUUGGGAAAGCCUACACAAUGUCGAUGGUGAUGGAAAUUUCUGUGACUCAGAAUUUCAUCUGCGGCCACCUUCAGAUCCUGAAACUGUAUACAGAGGCCAACAAGAUCAGAUAGAUCAAGAUUAUCUUAUGGCAUUAUCUCUACAACAAGAACAACAGAGCCAAGAAAUAAAUUGGGAACAAAUCCCUGAAGGAAUCAGUGAUUUGGAACUAGCAAAGAAACUCCAAGAAGAAGAGGAUAGACGGGCUUCUCAAUAUUAUCAAGAACAGGAACAAGCAGCAGUAGCUGCAGCUUCUGCUUCUACACAGGCCCAGAGCCAGCCAGCACAAGCCUCUCCAUCAAAUGGAAGACAAUCUGGAAAUAGUGACCGUAAACGAAAAGAACCUCGAGAAAAAGAUAAAGAAAAAGAAAAGGAAAAAAAUAGCUGUGUCAUUUUGUAAGAAGUGGUAGAUUCUGUUCAAACCAUCUAUAUGUCUCAAGAAACAGAACCACAGGAGGAAAGGAAGAAAAACCGAUAAAUACCGUCUGUGCCUGAUUCCCCAAUGGAUUUUGUUAAUGUUUUUCAGGGUAAAGGUUGUUACUUAGUUACAAUCAGACUUUUUCAAGUCACACAGUACUCUUUAUGAGCUGGCAUUUCAUGUUACAAGUUGGAAAUGCUGUGUGUUGUCUCAUGAAAAAUACUGCACUUGUAGCCAAAUAAGCAAAUCACAGCAAAUUUGUGUCAUAGUGACAUUCAUAACUCAUAUCAGUUAGUAAGCUAUUUUAUCUUCUGUUCAAAUGAUGAAUGGAGAUAAUUGAUUUUGUCUGAUUCCUUCCUGAAACCUAAAUAUUAGCACAAUAAUUUUUGAAAUGACUUUUUACAAUGUUAAAUUAUGAUCUAAUCCAUGAAAAACCAGGGGUUUAAUAUAGAAAUUUAAUAAGAAAAAAACAAAAAAAUAACAGGAAUAAAUAACCCUUUAUUGUAUAUUGGACUAGUUCAGCCCUUGAACAGCUUUACCUUUCUUUAGGAAUGUACAUUUUAGAUAUUAUCUUGAAAAAUGAUAAAGGAACUUGGAUGUAAUUUAGUUAGAAAAAAAUAAAGAUUUGUAUUUCUUUUCCAAUAGCAAAAAAUUACAUAAUACUAGUACUAAUAUCCUAUCAAAACCAGAUAUUAAUGACUUUGUAGUAUUGUGAAAUUUUGAAGAAUUUUGAAAUCUUUAAUAUAGGUAACCUGGACCACAGUUACUAUUUAUUAACAAUGCGAUGAGUGUAAAGAGGAAACCACAGUGGAUGCUAGGUUUUGUAAAUAUGGGAAUAUAGAAAAACAGAUAGUUCAUCGUCUACCUUUUUCUAGAAUUUCCUUGAACUUUAAAAUUUAGAUCAUGUUUAUUUGCUAGAAAAUUAAGUAUAUUGUUAAAAUCAACAAAAAGCACAUUCUGAAAGGGAGUUAGAUAAUUUCUGAGUCUAGUGAAAAAGCACUAAUAAAACUGUGUGAAAUAGAUAAGAAUUUUGAGAAAUUUAUGUAAAAGCAAUCAGAUUUUUUAAUUUUUGAGAACCAAAUAAACCUAAAGCAUCUUUUAGUGUUUAUAGGAUUCAGAAAGAAUAUUUAUUGAACUUUAUUAUGAGGCAACACAUAUUUUCCUGUAUUUCUAGAUAUAGUUUGGAAAACUAUCCUUGAUAGUCCUUUUUAUAUGUUUUAUAUUUAAAAAUUUGUUUUACUCAUUUUGAAGAGACUAUUGCUGCUGCAAGUAGAUACGUACUUUACAUCCUAAGCCUCGGUAAAUAUGUUUGUCUAAGAUCAUCUUAAUCUAACCUGAGCAUCCACUUGGAGAAUGUUUUUUGUGGGCUGGGGUGACAAUAGACUACAAAAUCAAAGUGGUCUAGAUUUCUUAAGCUAUGUCUUUAACAUUUUCUGAUCCAAAACCAGUGGUAGGUUGAGUCUACCUGUAAAAAGCAGUCUUAUUUAUAGAAGGAAUUACUCUAAGGAAAAAUCCAGGGUCAAGCUCUGUGUUUUAUGUCCUGUAUUGCAUGUUUGUUUAUGUUAUACAAUGUGUUAUUCCUUCAAAUUUCCUAUGCUAGCAUGAUAAAUCAUCAAACAACUUGUUUGGAGUAUAAACUUUGAUACAAAAUAAUUGGUGAAACUCUUGAUAACCUAAAAUAUGCAUACAUUGGUCAAGUAAUCAGAAGUAUUACAGAAUUCCUGUUGGCUCAAACAAGUUGACCUUAUUCCAAGUUUACUCUUGAUAAACACUGUAUUGGUUGAAGGAGGAAACUCAGACCUUAAGGUUUGUUUGUCCCAGAGCAGAUAGUGACCGUACAUUACAUUUUAAUUAAAAUAUAUAUAUUAUAUAUAUCUUGAGCAGUUUAAGAAAUCAUAUUUGAGGCAUAUAUUCCAUAUUUACAUACUUAUUAUUUAUUGCCCUUGAAAACUAUAUGUGUAGAAAUUAUUGUUUUGUUACUUGUUACUGUUUUCUUAAUUUGUUCCAAAGAUAAUACUGCCGUUCUACAUUCCCUUUGGAAGAAAAAAAAAUUACUCAAAACCAGCAAUGCUGCUAUCAGAUAAGUAGAUAUCAAUGUAUACUUAUAGGAGAUAACUAAAAAUGUAAUAUGUUUGUUAAUUCAAUCUUUUCUGUAUAAUAUUUCAAAGUCAGACUUUCUUACAUUCCUGGAAUUCAGUUUCAUAUACAAAGAACAAUAAUAAAAUGUUUGCUUUGAUUACUGUGGGGGAAAAAUUAAAUGUUUAAUUCUAUUAAAACAAGUUUCUCAGAGAUACUAGUUUCCCAUCCUUGAAGGUUAUAAAGAAUUCAGAGCUAGUGUGUCUUUAUUUUCUUAAAUUUUGUGAAGUUACAAAUUAUAUAUUCAGACAUUUCUUUGCUGGUUUGGGUACAUUGGAACUUGACAGUGGUAUAGUAAAGUCUUUCUUCACAGUAUUUUGUAAUACUUACAUAUAUAUUGUUAUAUAUAUACUGCUAUCAGAAAUUAAAAUUUAAUGAUUUUUUGUUUUUAAUAUUUGUAAAUUAGAUUAGGGGCACAUUUGCAUCAACUAAUUGUUAGAACUAGUAAAAGAGGCACAUGAAUGAAUAGAUAUGGUCACUGUACUUUCUUGUUCUUUUAAAAUUUACUCCUUAGUUGCCAUUCUUACUAUUAACAAUGUGAAAAUUUUCUUCAUGUCUAAUCCCAUUUAAUCAACAAUUCUGUGAUUUAUAAAUGAUCAACACUUUUGUUUUUAUGUUUCUGAAGCAGGGACCCAUGACAUCUAUUAGAUUCUCAAAGGAAUUUGGGAAAUUUCUCUCAAAUUUAAGAAUCACCAUUUUGAGAAUACGCAGACUCAUAUAUAGACUAAGAAGUUUGAGGCAGCUAAAAUUGGCUUUGACUACUUCCUAUAAUAUGCUGGUCUAAAGUGCUUAGGUAAAGUAAUUUCUUCCAUGUUUCAAAGUGUCAGUUAGGAUUAGAGUUUGGAAUAUAUGUUGUUUUAUUGUCUCAGAUUUCUGAUUUUUAACUCCUUAUCCCAUAUUGUGUUUCUAAUUCUUCCUCAUACUUCUUGAUCUUAGCUUAAUGAAACAAGUUAGUAGCAGAGAUUAAGUUGCCUAAGCACAUUAGCCAUUUUGUAAUUGUACAGAAAGUUAGCAUUUUGUUUUCAGUGAAUCACUGAUUCAGUUCACUAAGAUACAAAAGAUCUUGAAAGGAAAGAGGAUUAGAAGUAAAAUGAAAAUUUAAAAUAUCAAUAACAUGGGGUCCCUAUAUUAAUAUUGGUAUAAAGCAGAUCUUUAAAAUCCUAGAGAAAAAUCAAGGCAAGAAUUUACAGAACUGUCCUCGAGCAAUCUCAUUUAUUAAAAAAAAAAGUUAAACUGGUUACAUUUUACUUUUCUAUGCAAUGUACCAGUUAUUCUAGAAUAUGACAGAAGGUUUGUGUGCUUUGCCUGUCGCACAAUACUUGAGCAUACAAUUUGAAGUAUACUUGUAAAUAAUUAUAGUUAAAAUACAAUUGUAAAGUUGCUAAUGUUUGACAAAAUAAGAGUCAUUAAAGAUAGUGUGUAAUUUGUAUUUUAAGGAACUGGAAAUGUGAGAUUUUGAUUCAUUUUAUGUGUAAAAGUCUGACUUUUGCUAUGAGUAAACAUUCUGUGCCUCAAUUUACUCUAACUUUGUAAAGGAUGCUCUUUUUUCUUUCUUUUUUUAGCACUUUGCUCCUGAGUAAAGGGCAUAGUAUAAACACACAGUAUUGCUUAAAUAAUCAUAAAUAUCACACCUUUUGUUCUUGUAUGUGUACUUUUCACCCAAUGGCAAUAUUUCUUAAGUCAGGUUUUUAAAUGCUGUCAACAUUGGCGACAUUAUCUUGUAUCAUCAUCUCGUCCCUAAAUGUAUUUCACAGUUGUUUUUGUGUCCUGUGGACUAUGGGUCAAAAUCAAGAGAUUUGGGUACUAUAAAAAGCAUUUUAACAUCUGUGUUUUCCAGUAUUUUUUAUAAAUCUCUAUAUGUUAGGUUCUCUUUGCUUUUUCCUCCAUGGAAUAAAGGACAAUGGAAUCAGUUUAUAAUAUAUAUAAAGUUGUUUUGCAUGGAUGGAAUUCAUUUAGAUCUCUCACGUACUAUCAUUUUUAGGGCUAUUUAAAUUCUAUUUUAAGUGGAAAAUGUUAUUUGAUAAUGUGCGGUUAAAUUCCUUUUAAAAAAUGACAAAAUUUAAAGAAACUCAGAGUUUAGUCUCUUUUUGUACUGAUGUUCAACAUUUCUAAAGCUGUUGGGAAAUUUUAUGAAGAAUUGAGGUUACUCUUCUCAAAUAAUUUAAAGCAAACUAAAAUUUGAUCUCCAAGACUUUCUGAACAACAUAAAUUGCAAAAUAGAGAUAAUGGAAUCUGAGGUACAAAUAAGUUGCAGGACCUUGGUAAGUUUAGUUUACUUUGAAAGUCUAUUAAAUUUUAAUUCUUGUGUGUUACUUAAUUACAGCUUCCUGCAAUUAGAAAUUAGUUUAAUAAAUUGUGAUAUGCAUAUAUAUUUUUACAUGAUGGAUUCUAGUUUCUAAUUUCACCUUUCUGAUCUCAAAAAAAUUGAACUCAAACAGGGUAAAAGUCUUCAACUAUUGCCUCAAAGUUCAGUUUUGCCCUAUUGUCCUAAGAAUAGAGGAGGUUUAAAUGUGUCUCACUCUAACCGAUAUUUUUCAGGGCAUGGUAAUAUCCCAGUUAAGGUGUUGAAAAUCAUGGCAGAAAUACAAAAGCUAAGCUUUAAGCGACAGUAGAUUUAAAGAACAAAAUGUUAUAUUAUUCUACAAGUCUCUCUACUUUGUUUAUAUUCUGGGAAUUUCUUCAAAUCACUUAAUUUGUCACAACUUCACAAACUACAAUUUUUACUGUAAUACUCUGCUUUGAGAAACAGGAAUGUCUCCUAGAUUAGAUUGCACAAAGCAAAAUUCUUCUGAAAGUGAUCCUGGUUUCUUUGGCUCCAAUAGUUACAGCCUUAAAUAGGAAGUCAAAAAACUGAAACCCCCAUUUAAAUUCCCAACUCAGUGACUGUUUAGAUGGGCAUUAUAACUAAAAUACCUUACAGAACAGUUUUACCUAAUGGGAUGCAUUUAAGAAUAAGGUAGGCAUUUAAUCUUUAAAGAUCAAUCCCAUGUCUCUCAAUUUUGUGAGUUUUUCUUCUUUUUUACAUCUUAGUUGUAAGAUGUAGUUUUUCCCCAGAGUGUACAGGCUCUUAGUUUUGUAGAAUUUUAAGCUAAGGAUUUGAAAAGCAUCCACUGGUUAUCAAAAGCUUACCUUCUUCAAUAAAAUGACAACUAUUGUUUUCACAGAUCCAUCAGUCACAAGUAGGACAUUAUGAUUAGAAGAUUGAUGUAUGACUGCUACACAACAGUCAGCAAGUGGGAUAAUCUUCACUUAUGAAACUUCAGAGGUACCCUGGAAGUCAUUUCCUAAAGUUAGUACAAGUGAGACUUUUUCCUUGAAUGAUGCAGGAUAAUUGUAUUGAUUGAAGCUUAUAUUUGGGGUAGUAGCAGGUAAAAUGGUGUGAUGAACUGCAGAGGGUGAUUUUGAAAUAUAGUAAGAGGAAAGAAGUUUUCUUUCUCCACUUCAGGACUAUUUGGGUCAAGAAGUUGCUAUGACAUUAUAGAUCUCUUUGUGCCAUGCCAAGACUGGCCAAUUAACAUAGAAUUCACAAAGACUUUAAGUGUAUGACAUAUAUGAGUGCCUGUUUUUCUUCUAUCCUUUACUGUUGUAAUGCCCUUUCCACUUCUGGAAUAAUCUGUUUGGAUUUCUGAUCAACUUUAAUUCCAGUUUAAGAAUUAUAGCAGCCCUAGAGAUUAAUAAAAAAAAACACUGAGAUAGGUUUUUUUAAUAAAGAUAUCUAAAAGCAUUUACCCAAUUUAGGAUUGAACUGAAUUUCUAUGAAAGAAAGUUACUGUUUUAAAUGCUAAUUGUGCUCAUACUAUUUAAUUCUAAAAACUGUGUCUUAUGUUUCAAAAGUUUCACUUUUGUAGAAUAACCCUUUAAGAGGCAUAUUUAACAUAGAUGGGAAGUACAAAAUAUUUGACAGAAUUAUUCAGUAUUAUUCAACAUUUAAUUUUGCAUUUGUUAUUGUAUCAUGAGGAUAGUGUCAUUCUUGGAUUAAAAUGUUGGAUUUUUGUAAAUAUACUCAAAACUGUAACCAGUGAUAACACCCUUAGUAUUUUUUAUUAUAGAUUAUAUUUUAUUUCAAUAAACUUUGAUAUUUA